AUGGAGGCCGAUCAACAGCAGGAGCAGCAGCAGCAGCGUGCUCGUUCUUCUGCGACUCUCUGUUCAGAUGUGGAAGAUGUAUACUCGGAUCUGUACUCGACGUUCUCGCAGCUCACUUCGACUACCGCCGAUGAUGUCGAUCAGUCACCGUGCAAAUUGAGUCCUAGGAUGCUGUUUAUCUCAGCUGGGGCGUGUGUUUGUGGGUUGCUGUUUGGAUACGAUACGGGCGUCAUAUCUGGAGUGCUGCUUGUGAUGGCGCCGCAGGAUAUCUCCCAGGAGAAGAUCACAGAGUUCCAGAAGGAGGUGGUUACGGCAAUUGCAUGCCUGGGAUCGUUCUUCGGGUCGAUGCUGGGGUUUCCGCUGUCGGAUAGGUACGGGAGGCGAACGACAAUGGCGCUGUGUUGCGUAGUGUUCAUCAUCGGAGGCGUUUGGAUGGCUCUGUCGACCUCGCUGAGUGUGUUGGCCACGGGUAGGCUGGUCGUUGGGAUCGCCAUCGGAGUGGCAGCGCAGUGUGUCCCCGUGUAUCUCAGUGAGGUGUCUCCCGCUAACAUACGGGGGACAGUAUUGACGCUGAACUCGAUGGCAAUCACCGGCGGCCAGCUGGCGUCAUACAUCAUGGCGUUGUUGCUGGCGGAUAGGAAGCAUGCCUGGCGAUAUCUGUUCGGGCUUUCCGCAAUACCAGCGCUGAUCUUCUUGCUGUUGUUCCGGUUCAUGCCGGAAUCGCCUCGAUGGCUCGUUCUGAAAGGUGAGUUUCCAAGGGCUCAUGCCACUUUGAGAGUGAUCUACCCUGCGGCAACCCCCAGUCAGGUAAGCCUGAAGCUUCGGAGGCUUGUGUUGGACGUGUGCAAGCUGCGAAAGUACGAAGACAUUGAGCAGCCGCUGAUCGCUCGACCAAGCCUGUUUGCACGAUGUGCCAGACUCUCAAGCUCAAAACAGUCUCAGGAGGUCAACCCGGAUGGAUCCACUAAUUCGAUAUUGUCUAGCACACAUGUGCCGGUAGCACGGCAACAUCAACGGCGGCAAAAGCAUAGAAUGGAACCUCGCACUCGCAGAGCUCUCAUUGUUGGAUGUGUGUUGAUGUUUUUCCAGCAGGCUUCUGGAUUCAAUGCGUUCAUGUACUAUGCCACGCUGAUCUUUGCGGAUCUUAACGUGCAGAACCCGCUCGUUCCAGCGACACUCAUUGCUCUAACGAACUUUCUGUUUACCCUGGUGGCUUUCCAACUAGUUGAUACCGUCGGCAAGAGAUCCAUGUUAUUGCACAGUAUUUGGAUAAUGACUUUGGGGCUACUUCUGGCCAGCUUUGCCUUCUCGGAGGCGAACACUCCAUUGGUGCUCUUCUGUAUAAUACUCUUUGUGGCAUCAUUUGCAUCAGCAAUGGGGAACAUUCCAUGGAGCAGUGUGGAGUUGCUGCCGCUCAAUCGCAGGUCGUUUGGCGCUUCGUGCAUAUCAUGCACUAAUUGGCUCACCAACAUGUUCAUGUCCUUAUCAUUUCUGUCACUCGUUGACCACUUCGGCAUAUCGCACACUAUGUGGAUCUUUGCCGUCUUUACCGCCCUCAAUUGGAUAUUUGUGUACUACUGGUAUCCCGAGGUCAAGGGCCUAACUUUGGAGGAAAUAGGCAAAGUCUUCGAAAAUGGUAUUGACGUGCACUAUGUAUACAGAAAUUAUCAUUAA